UCUAUUCACUAUAGUUAAAAACUGAAAACUAAAAGCUGUAAUAAAAGUGUGAAACGAUACUUUAUUUUUAGCUUCAAAACUUUUGAAAAAUAGAUUUACUGCAAUAGUAAUUAACACGGGCAUUCUUCGUUACUUAAUGGUGAUGAGUAAAAACUAUAUUAUCCAUAUUCAUUAUGUUUCGACCGAUUACUAAAAUUGGUUGUAAUAUUUCUAUGCAACAAAAUUUUAUUAGAAACAAGGUAGUUCGACCUGUGUCAUUAUUAAAACCUGCAGAAAAAUUGAAGCUUUAUAAUAAAGAAAAUAAAGAACUCUUUGGUCCCUUAUUAGAAACUAAUAAGCAAAAAAAGAGCCGAUUGAGAAAGGAAGCUAAAAAUAGUACCCAUCAAAACAACAGAACAAAAGUGCAAAGUGAGAGUACGCAAAAAUAUUUCGAGACAUCAACUGAAAAUGUUUUAGAAGCCUUGUAUUCAGUUGGAUUCAGAAGAAGUAAGCCAUCAUUGUUUUCGAGUGUUAGAAGCACGAUGUAUCAAAAUACGCGGAACAUAUUGAAUUUCGCUGGUGCAGUGUUAAAUAACAUUCCCAUCAGAGGGUUACAAACAUCCUCUUUGGUAAAUGCAACUAAGAGUAUUCCAGCAGAGCCUGGAUUUGUUAGUGAGGAUAGGAUUCUCCAAAUAAAGCAGCAUAGAAAUGAUUACGCUCAACAGUACCCAUCUGUUACGCUUAUAUUGAAUAAAACAAUGAAUGAAGAGUCCAAGAAGGCGUUAGAAAAGUGGAAAAAGGAAAGGAUAGAAGAAAUGGGUUUAGAAGAAUUUAACAGGUUUUAUCAAGCACAAAUGGCGGUUGGUACAAAGUUUCACAGUACACUAAAAAACUAUUUUACUCAACCGCAAACGCAGUUGCGAAUUGAAAAAGAUGUAGAGGGAGUGUGGGUCUCAGUGUCAGAGGUAUUGAAAAAUAUAUCAUCACCGAAGGCAAUAGAAUCUAAUGUCAUUCAUCCAGUAUUGAAGUACAGGGGUAUUUUUGAUGCUAUAGCUGAUUAUGAGGACAAACCUACACUAAUUGAGUGGAAGAAAUCCGAUAAACCACGAAAAUCUCUAGCGCUCACAUACGAUAAUCCUGUACAGCUAGCUGCAUACUUUGGCGCAGUGUGCAAUGACCUUAACUAUAAACAUUUAAAUGUGCGGGAUGCUCUACUUGUAAUUGCCUACACUGAUGGAUCGAAGGCUGACGUAUAUCACUUGCAUACGGAUAAGUUGAGAGAGCAUUGGGCCCAGUGGUUAAUACGACUGGAAGAGUAUAUGAAAAGUCACAGCAAUGAAUCUGAGAAGAUUUUGAAAGGUGGCAAACGGCUUUUCGAAGUGGAAAUAGAGAAUCUCUAAAUGUAAAAGGAGGCAGAAUCAUCUCGAUUGAAUUUGAUACUUCGAAUAAAAGACACCACUUAAUACUAUGAGGUAUAGAACUCAUGUUGCCAUGGGAGAUGCUAUAAAGUUUAUGUCAAUAGGACUUGCGAACAAAUAAACAAUCUUAAUUAUCUCCUAUACAACUCAAAAAUUCCAUUGUCCUAAUAAAAACUUUUUUAUUUGUUACAAGAUAAGGAUGGAAUGCUUAUCUUAUAACUAGAAAUGGUAAGAAUUUCAUUUAUAAAAUUUAAGAUUUUUCAUAUUGUUCACAAGUUCUAGAAUCCGAUUGAAGCAUUCUUCCUUGAUUUUGUAUUAUUUCAUACUAUAAUAUGUGUUACUUUAUAAUUAUUUUUAUUAUAUAUUAUACGAAUUUUUUAUACCAUUCAUCCAGUUUAAUAUUUACAUAGAAAUAUAUGAUGUCAUUGAACUAUUGUGAGAGUAAGUGUAGUGUUGGAUAAUUCUUUAUAAUGUACAUAAUGGAGGAUUCCAAUGAAUAUGAUAUUGAGUUAGCAAUUUGUGGAAUCCUCAAAGACUGUAUGUUAGGAAGAAUUAAACUUUGAAGAGGCAUAAAUAAUUGAUUGUGGAAAAGACUGUUAUGCUAUUGUGAUGGUUGAUUACUUGUAUCUCUACUUCAUGUUAUGUAUAUUAGAGAGUUAAAAACCUUUACUGUCCUAAAAAUUAACUAGCUUCCUAAAAAUUUACUUUAAAGUUUUGCAUACAUCUCUAAAUAUUACUCAUUCACGCAUUAUGAUUUUUGCUUAGAAUCAAACUAUCCGAAUAUAGAUUCCCGAUAGCGAUUUCAAUGAGUGACCAUAGAAAUAAAGAUCAAAGUAGCUGUAUGUAUGUACAGUACUCUUGAUUCUAACUCAUUCAAUCGACAGAUACAGGUUGAUUCAAUGUUAUUAUUGUAUAUCUAGUGGAUUCGUUAUUUGAUAUUUAAUCAUUGUUCUAUAAAUGUAAAGGAGAUAACCAAAAAUUUGCUAGUAAAAAUAAAUAGGAGUAUUGAUUGUUAGGUCCCAAAAAUGUGGAGUUUUGUACGGAUAGGUAGGUAAUAUACAUAUUGUUACUGGUAAUAUCACUAUUAGGAAAGAACGAUGCAUUCAUUUUGUAUGUAAACUAGAAAAACGAUGUAGAAAACGAUAGAAGAAGAUUCAUAGUCAGAUUUUCGGAAGAAACUGUUUUCAACUAUAUCUGUAAAUUUUCGUAUGCUUUUUGCCGCCAAAUAGUUAACGACUAGUCACUGAAAAUUUUCUAAGUUAAUAUUAAAAGCAUUUAUUCAGCCACUGUAAACACGCCAUUUUUGUUUAAUUAAAGUUAUUAAAAAUA